UAACCUCCACUUAAUAGAUCGGAAGCAAUGAGAUUUCUACUAAUAUUGCUGCCGCUAUUGAUGCUGUUGGUGACGGAGUUAGCAGCAAAUACAACAAUUCCUUCAACAACUCUUGCCAAGCCCGGUUGCUCACACAGCUGUGGCCAUCUUUCCAUUCCAUACCCGUUCGGCACCACUAAAAGUUGUUCCCUAAAUGCGUCGUUCCAGAUAACAUGUAAAAAUGACUCAAAACCAUUUUUGUUCACAAAUAGUAUUUACAACCCCUUUUAUCGUUUAAAGGAUGGCUUAACUGUCCUUAACAUAUCACUUAAUGGAGAGUUGCGAGUCUCAAAUUGGGUCAAUCGACCAAUUGUGUUUGAUUGGGCGGUUGGCUCUGAGACAUGUGACGAAGCCAGAAAGAAUUUGAGCAGUUAUGCAUGUGGGAAGAAUAGCAUAUGCUAUAAUUCCACUUAUGGCUCAGGGUAUCGCUGCAACUGUUCUAAAGGUUAUGAUGGGAAUCCUUACCUUCCAAAUGGUUGCCAAGAUAUUAACGAGUGCUUGAAUCCAAAGCUCAAUCCCUGUACAAACGUUUGUCACAAAAUAGAUGGGAGUUAUAUUUGUUCUUGCCCAAAAGGACAUCACGGGGAUGGUGAAAAACAUGGCGAGGGUUGCAUUCCAAAUAGAUUGUGGUUAAAGUUCCUAAUUGGUGCUGCCAUUAUAGCAUUUGCAUUACAUGUGACAUGUCCUUUGUUACAUUGGGGAAUCAAGUGGAGAAUAAAGAACAUGAAACAGAGAGAGAAACUUUUUCAGCAAAAUGGUGGUUUGAUGAUAAAAGAAAAACUCUCGAAGUUAGAUGGUUUAGUUGAGAAAGCCAAAAUUUUUAGCAUAGAAGAGCUCCAAAAGGCAACUAAUUACUUUGACGAAAGUGAAAUCAUUGGUCGAGGAGGGUUUGGUACCGUUUACAAAGGAGUUCUACCCCAAAAUAAGGUAGUUGCCAUCAAAAAGUCCACAAUAGUUGAUGAAAGCCAAAUUGAACAAUUUGUUAACGAGGUAGUUGUACUUUCCCAAAUCAACCAUAGAAAUGUGGUAAAAUUAUUGGGUUGUUGUUUAGAGACUGAAAUUCCCUUGCUAAUUUAUGAAUUCAUUACCAAUGGAACACUAUACCACCAUCUACAUCAGGUAAGACAUGCCUCAUUAAUAACAUGGGAAAUUCGUCUAAGGAUAGCCAAAGAAGCUGCAGGAGCGCUUGCCUAUUUGCACUCUGCAACUUCUAUUCCAAUCAUUCACAGAGACAUCAAAUCUACUAACAUACUUUUAGACGAUAAUUUCACUGCAAAAGUCUCUGAUUUUGGAGCUGCAAGAUUAGUUCCAUUGGAUAAAACACAGUUGACUACAAUGGUUCAAGGAACGUUUGGUUACUUAGACCCUGAAUAUUUUCACACAAGCCAGUUAUCCGAGAAAAGUGAUGCAUAUAGCUUUGGAGUGCUCCUUGUGGAGUUACUUACCGGUAGAAAGGCACUUUGUUUUGACAGGCCAGAGAAAGAGAGACACUUGGCCACGUAUUUCCUUUCUUCAAUAAGAGAGAAUCGCUUGUCCUUAAUCCUAGACGACCGAAUCGUGAAUGAAGGAAAUGCAGAUGAGAUGCGUCAAGUUGCAAACAUUGCACAAAAUUGCCUCCGGUUGAAAGGAGACAAACGACCUACAAUGAGAGAAGUGGCAAUGGAGCUCGAGGGAGUCGCAAGAGUGGAGAAACACCUUUGGACUACCAUCGAAAUGAAUUAUGACGUGACCGAAUUCUCACUACGUGACUCCUUGAGAUUUCAUAGCAUCACAGCUAGAUCCGAUGGUGUGAAGAACCAAGACAGAAUACCUUCAAAGGUCGAUGAUGAUGGCUCUCUAGUGUCAUGCACCAAUUCGAAUAGAGCAAUGAUAAGGGUGUCGAUACAAUCAACUGAAAAUGCAAGCCAAGUAUAUCUACGAUCAUCUGAUGCACUUAAGUGGGACACAAUUUGAUGCACUUAAGCGCAGAAGAUGUGUUUCCCACUUAGUGUUGCUUGGAUGACCUUAGAGAUAGUCCUGUUUUAGUUGAUGAUUGUUUGAAACAAUCAUUUUUUAUUUGAGGUAUUUUUAAUUAGUGUGUGAUUUAACUUUUACAUACUUUCUUAAUGUAGCAAGAAUGUUAUCAUAUUAAAUCUGAAAGACUGCUGCUGCUGCCAGAAGAUUUGGUUUUUA